AUGAUAUUAUCUAACAAGCCUUUAAUACAAUUCAUAUCACAGGAUCUCUCCUCAUUGACUAAGCACCUUAAAGCUUCUACUAGCAAAAAUAGCGAUGUCAAAUUUUUUGCAAAGAGGAAGCAGAGGGAUUCUUAAAACUCCAUUCCUAUUUCUAAUGGAACUAUCAAGGAAGCUAUGACUGAUUGCAAUAGCCCCUUAGCAUUUAGUAGUAAUAAACCAAGAAGAAACAAUGCAUCCAAUAACUAGAAUUUUAAAAAUUCCAACCAGGAUAUCGAUAAAAACUCUACUAACUAACUCCCUCAGAUUCAAAACCAAAAUAGGUAUAGUUCUCAAAGAAAAUCAAAAUUAGUAUUUCAAGAUAAUAAAUUUGAUCUAAAAGGCCAUAGCAAUGAAAUGCUAGGAGCGCAGCCAAAAUCUAGAACUUCUGAUUACGAAGAAUAGGUCCAAAUCAUUAAGAGAAAAAUGCUAAACUAAUCAAAAAAAUCAAGCUUUUAGACUUCAAAGCACCAAAGUCCCCUAACUUUGGAAAAGGUUGUAAUAAAAUUAUUGGGAUAUGACUAAUAAUAAUGGAAUCUAAGAUGCUCCGAUCAGUCACUUGAUGCCGGAUAUUCGAAUAUGAAUAUAUUAGAGAAUAACUCAAAAACAUCUGAACACAAAUCCCCAAUUAAGAUCAAAUGUAUUUUGACUGGCCACAAUAUUAGAGAAGAACAUAGAGCAAGGAUGAUCGACUGGCUGAUUCAAGUUUUUCGUGUAUUCAAAAUAUGUGCACCCCAAACAUUCUUCUUAACAAUAAAUAUAAUGGACAGAUAUUUUAAAUAAAAGUCUGAAAGGAACGAAAUACUUGACAAGCAAGAGCUGCAUGAAAUUGGUUUGGUUGCUAUCCUUCUUGCUACAAAAUUUGAGGAUGUGAUACCCAUUCAUAUGAAUUAGAUUUUGAGAGAUGCGGGGCACAAUAAAUUUAAACAAUCAGACAUAUUAAAUAGAGAAAUUGAUGUACUUCUAACAUUGGGAUUUAAGGUCUAAUCAAUCACUGUUUUUGAAGAAGCCACAACUCUAGCUAAGAUGCUAUUCAAUAGUUACAAGAAAGGAAGCUUGACCAAGCACGAUGAAGAAUUAUUUUUCAAUUAUUUGCUCUUCGCUUGUCAAUUAAGCCAACACAGUCUCAAAUUUACUCAUCAUAAUGUACAACUUCAAGCUACAGCUAUUGUGAUGGUUUCACUAAAGUAUUUGAGAAAGUUUCUUAAAGCUAAGAUAGAAGCUAGAAGCUAAAAAGUGCAAAGGUCUCCAUCAGACAACAAAAGCUAGAUAAAUCUUAACCUGAUAAAGGGGAUCUCUAAUUACUUUAAGAUUCAACAUAUAUUAGAAAGUGAAAAUGAAUAGGAGACUAAGUCUCUCAUUUAAUCAAUAGUAAACUAUCUUCCGACGUAUCAAACUCUUGGAUUAAAAAAUCUCGAGAAAAGCUAUCCAUAAUACCUUGAUGAGGUCGCCCUCAGAAUAAUGACUACCCCUUCAGUAUAAAUAUGA